AUGGAAAUUUCUCCGAAUCCGCUUAUCACCUCCAAGUUGGCAAAUAUCCAGGCCGCGUCCGCCCAUGACGAGCAUGCGGGGAAGAAGGUCGAACAAGUUCCACCCUCAGCUAUGGAUAAGAUCCUUGCCAGGCUCUCCCCAAAAGAUCACGCCUCCACUGAAUCUCUCCAUGAGCACACCACAUCGAAGGCUCCUUCUGGAGAAGGAAUUCCAGGUGUCUUGCCUCUCGCUAGCGAUGUAGUCGGAAAUAACGACGUUGGACCGGGUCGGGUCGACAAGGAAGAGGUAUUUAGGUUGCAGCAGGAAUUAAUCGCUGCCAAUUCUCGCAUUGCGAUGCAAGAGCAGGAACUAGCCCAAACUCGAGUUAUCAAACAUACGCUUGAUCAGGCAAUGGGUCCUCUUUCCGAAGUUGACUUUGGAGGUAGAGAAGUCACCGAGCAGACCCUUAACACCCUGCAGCAUGCAUUCAAUAACUCAUCUACUCGCUCAUUCAAUAACCAGCGCCAGGACUUUUGGAUGAACCAGGACGAUGCCCACUCGGACAUCUCAGAGGCUGUUUCUGCUGGUGGCUACAACCAAGCUCGAGGCAUUUGGAACAACUCAAACUCGAACGUUGCGGGAUAUCGUGAUUUCCAUGUACCUGGAGCUGCUAACUUCGGUCACAAUUGGGGUAACCAGCUCACUCGCCAAGCAAGUUUGAUGUCUAAUCAGCGCAUUGCAUCAGGACCAGCCAGCCCACCCUUUGAUCAGGCACAGCCGCUUCCCCAAGGCCUUCGCCGCUCGGUCACUCAAGUCAAUCGUGGUGGUUCAUGCUUUCCUCCUCAGAAUUCUCCAUGGGGCACUUUCACGACUGGAGCUUCUGGAGGCACCCUCCCGCGAGCCAUGAAUCAGCAAGCUGGAUUACAAGGCGGAAUGUUCAAUGUGGCUCCCUAUCAGCCUCGUCCAAUUGGGACACCACUCUCCCCAACUGCCGCUGAGUUUACUUCAUUCAAUAGUGGCACAUGGACCCCAACAACCGCUAGCUCACAAACGUAUGUAUCGCCACUUGAGCCAAUGAACUACCGUCGUUUGUUGGAUAAAAGCGUUUCGUGUGACUGGAAAUAUAUUGUGGAUAAAAUUGUCUGCAACAAUGACCAGCAGGCAUCGAUUUUCCUACAGCAAAAGCUCAAAGUUGGAACCGCGGAACAAAAGUACGAGAUCAUUGAAGCUAUCGUUAACCAGGCUUAUCCACUUAUGGUCAAUCGCUUUGGGAAUUUUUUGGUUCAGCGUUGCUUCGAACAUGGGACAUCAGAGCAAGUUAUUGCUAUUGCCAAUGCCAUCCGCGGCAACACCUUGAGCUUGAGCAUGGAUCCUUUUGGCUGCCAUGUUAUUCAGAAAGCAUUUGACUGUGUACCGGAAGACCACAAAGCCGUCAUGGUGCAUGAAUUACUUCGCCGAAUCCCUGAAACUGUGAUCCACCGGUAUGCAUGUCAUGUCUGGCAAAAGCUCUUUGAGCUACGUUGGAGCAAUGAGCCGCCUCAGAUUAUGGCUAAGGUUAAUGAAGCGCUCCGUGGUAUGUGGCAUGAAGUCGCUCUGGGAGAAACUGGUAGUCUGGUGGUGCAGAACAUUUUUGAAAAUUGCGUAGAAGAUGAAAAGCGCCCCGCUAUCGAAGAAGUUCUUGCCAAAAUUGACCUUCUUGCUCACGGCCAAUUUGGUAAUUGGUGUAUCCAGCAUAUCUGCGAACACGGUGCUCCUCACGACAAAAGCCGCGCAAUUGAACAUAUCCUCUUAUGGGCUACUGACUACAGUAUGGACCAGUUUGCUUCUAAGGUUGUCGAAAAAUGUCUUAAAAUUGGUGGAUCUGAAUUUCUUGAUCGCUACCUUACUAGAGUUUGUACAGGUCGCCCAGACCGUCCUCGCAUGCCCUUGAUUGACAUUGCGGGCGAUCAGUACGGAAAUUAUUUGAUCCAGUGGAUCCUGAUGAACUCCGCAGCCCACCAGCGUGAGCUUGUGGCGAGUCACAUUCGUAAGCAUAUGGUUUCUCUCCGUGGUUCUAAAUUUGGUUCCCGCGUUGCUAUGCUCUGCUGCAACCCAAAUCAUGUUACUCGCCCAGGUCCCGGUGCUGGCCUCCAAAUCAACCGCUUUACUACUCCGAAUGAGGAUCGUUUCGUCUCUGGGAUUUCCGGCGGCAACAGAUUCAACCGUGGCAGCCAAUGGGGCUCAAACUAUCCCCCAUUCCGCUAAGAUCCAUUACGUUUCUAUCCCCCGAUGCUCAUUUAAUCCAUGAAAACAAUAUGUUAAACCAGGUACUCCGCGUCUAACUGAGCGUACUGGAGAAAGAAGCUUCAGAUAUCGAAAUUCGAUUUACGAUCAACAGAUUUUCUCCUUUCUAGGAUUCUCGCUGCAUGUAUUCAUGCUUGAACCCAACGCUACCAUUAAGUUCUCAUUUGGCGUUGGCUUGUUGGAGUCGAUCUGGCCCACAAUCCAAUCUGUCCCCUUUUUUCUUUAGUCUAUUUUUUGCUUCUGUCAGACCUUUUUUUCUUGUCUGGAACUACUUCCAUUUCAUUCACUUAAAUUGCCAUAUCUCCUGUGAUGAUGAUCUUAUCCUGAAUGAUUAAUAGGCGUGGGUGGUUCCUGCGUGCUUUGGUUUACUUACAUGAAGGACCUAGUUCCCUUGUGUUUCGAAGGUGGUUGCGUGUCAGAGGCAUCAUUCUAUUCUUUUACCGGCCGUUUUCACUCCCCGUCCUGGGAUUUCCACGCCAUCAAUCCCCGGUUGAGAUCAUGUGGUUCUACCACCUGCAGCGUUUGGGCGUGCAAAAUCGGUGGAUGGGGUGUUUCUAGUCAAUUGUUACUACUUUAUUUU